AACCACCGAUACCAGUCCGUGGUUAUGAUCAAACGGAUAUUGAUUUGGUGAAUCAAAUUAGAAUCUCAUCUCGUCAAUUGGAUACUGGUACUUCAUGUCAAUCAACUGACCAUCAUCAGCAUCAUGACGUUGAACUAUGCAGUAAAGUUCCUACAGUGCUCAACAAUCCUACCAAUCAUGUUUAUCAUCAAUGUUUCAAUGAUUCCGAA